AUGGAUCUAUCUCUGACAAAGUCUUUUUCAUUCAACACCUUUCCAUUGUCGUCUUCGCAUCAAGCAAGGACCGAAGCGCUAUCACCCGUCAGUCGCUCCGAGAGGGGUAGUGUUGGCUUAGUGAAUUUGGUAGGCGUGUGGGCGGCCCUCUCAAAAGCACGUCUGACGGGUCUAGUUGUCUCUACGGCGCUGGCCGGUUGCGCACUGGCGGCGCCUUCGCCUCUAGUCUGUGAGGCCUUCCUUGCUCAUCCCGCCACCUCCAUCCUCGCCCUUGGUGUGGGUACAUUGCUUACCUCUGCCUCUGCCAAUUCCAUCAACCAGGUGGACACUGCUACCAUCGGUGUUGCUGAAACACUUUUCCACUAUACAGAAGUGAGUCCAAUGGGAGCUAAUCUGUUCGCUAGUACCACAGCAACACUGGGCCUAUCGGUACUGUACGUGGGCACAAACGGCCUCGUGGCUAGCUUGGCUGCCGGCAAUCUCCUGCUCUACACCUGCGUGUACACUCCACUGAAACGCGUCUCCCAGGUGAACACAUGGGUGGGCUCCUUAGUUGGCGCCAUCCCACCCCUCAUGGGAUGGGCUGUGGCCACUGGCUCCCUAAAUUCUGGCUCUAUGGUCUUGGCUUGUCUACUCUACGCCUGGCAGUUUCCUCACUUUAUGUCUCUAUCUUGGUUGACACGACGAGAGUACGCUAAUGCUGGUUAUGUAAUGACCGCCAACGUUGCACCACAGCGCGCCCGAGCUACGGCACUGCGCCAUUCUCUUCUUGCCAGUUUGAUCUGUUUCCUUGGGGCUGGAGGUGCUGGCGCAAGUCAGGUGAACUGGUGUGGAGGUCUCGCGGCGGCUCCAUUCAACGCGAUGCUAGUGUAUUACGCGGCACGUUUCUACUCUACGCCCCUUGAGAAUGCCGGUGCGGUGUGUAGCGCAGCUCGUAGCCUCUUCCGUGCGUCUUUGCUUCACUUGCCCGCAGUGAUGGCCGCCCUUCUAAUCUGUUCUCACUGUGGGCUUACUUCCGGUGCGAUUUGA